AUGGGAGGAAAACUGAGCAAGAAGAAGAAGGGAUACAAUGUGAAUGAUGAGAAGACAAAAGAAAAGGAUGCCAAAACAGAGGGGGCAUCAGCAGAGGAGAAUGAUGCUUCUAAAGACAACAAGGAGGAAGCACCAACUGCCACGGAAACCACCGAGACAGCCAAUGACACGGCAGCAGCCACCAAAGAAGCAACGCCUGUUGCGGAUAGCAGUGCAACCGUGCCAAAAGAAGAAGAGAAGACCGUUGCCCCAGCAGCCAAGGAAGAGAAAUCAGCAGCUACCACCACCUCAACAUCUAAUGCCAAGAGCGCCGACUCCGCCAAAGUGGAACCUGCCAAGAGUCCUGAUGCUCCACCUACCAAGGCAGAAGAAAAACCUGCCUCUGCUCCAGCACCGGCCAAUGAGAAAGAACCAGCGAAAGAUACCACCCAAGCUCUCAAAGAGCCUGCCCCAGCUAAGGAUCCUGCCUCUGCAAUGGAGAGCAAGGCAGAUGCUGAGGCUAAAAAGACUGAAGCUCCACCUGCCAAAGGGCCUGCUUCUGCACAGCCUGUAACCACGGAGACCAGCCCUGCCCCCAGUAAGGAGCAGACAGUUGCUGUGCAAGAUUAACGAACAGAGGCGAACAAACCAAUAAGGAGAAAAAUUAAUAAUAAAAUCAGAUUAAAUUAGUGAAACUAGCCCUUCUUAAAUU